UCCUCUCGCGUACCCGCGUACGAACGCACGUCUCGUGAACGCGUUUUUAUAGUUUUAAACUUUCCGUAACUCGUGUAUGGUUUCCAACUGGACUUAACGAUUUUGUUUUAGUGGGAUUUGUGAUGUGAUUGUGACAAUGUGGAUUUAUGUUUGUGUAUGUUUAGGAUUCUGAGGAGGAUAAUUUUGAUUUAGUUUUUGUCACAUGAGACGGCGCCAUGUCGGCGGUGAUGUCCACGCUGUCAAUGAUCAGCGGCGGCCGCCGCGCGCAUCGCAAGCUGGCCAGCUCAAGCGGGCGCAAGUCGGGGCAGCUGUCGGACGCGGGCGAGGACCGCCGCCGCCACCACGACCUCACCAAGCAGCAGCGCUCCGCUUCUCUGCAAACCCUCGAAGCGGGCGGGGUCGUCAACCUCGAGAGCCUGGAGGCCAAGAUGGCCAGCAUAGAAGUGUCGCUGGCGGGUCGCCGGCGCAGCGCGGGCGGACGCGACUCCCGUGAGCUAGAUGCGCUGCGCACCACGCUUAAUGACAAGGAUGCGCUUAUACACAGUCUAAAGAAGCAGCUAAGCGCGUCACUAGCUGCGGCGCGGUUAGCACCCGGUUCGCCUGGCGGUCGGCGUGAAACGCCAACGGCGUUAUCGCCGGAGGAACGGCGCGCGUUAGACGAGCGCGCCGCCGCCGUGCGCGCCGACCUGGACGCGCGCCGGGCCAACAUACAGGAGUUGAGGCGGCGGCUUGAAAAAACACAUGUUACUGACAACAUCGACACGCGGAUUCAGCAAGCAGAGCUGCAGUACAAGCUGGGGCGAGAAGAGCUAGAGCUACUGACUCUGAGCGAGCAGGCGCGCGCGCUCGCGCAGCUGAUCGACCACGCCGACGCCGCCGCGCGCGCCGACGCCACCUACUACAGCACGUUGCGGGACUGCGGUGGCAGCGCCUUGCUGGUAGCAGCUGAAGCCAGGGACGGGACCUGGGGCGCCGCCCCUCGUGGAACGGGACUGAGUAUAGACUGGUCGCGUGAUAAUACCCUGAGGGUUGGAGACAGAUUGGUGGAAGUAAACGGCACAAACGUCCUAUCAUGUCGUAACGUUGAAGAGCUGCAGCGUGCAGCGAGCGCGGCGGCGCCGGCGCGGCUCGUGCUGCUGCGUGCGCAGGGCUCCCCGCCUUCCAGUCCGAACCAUCCCAAUACCAGCAAUACAAGCCCGGCGCCAGUUCCGGCUACUCCCAACACUUUCACACAGAACGAAGCAGCAUCAUUACGUGCUGAGCUCGGCGCGUUGCGGUCAGCGGCCGAGCAAGCCCAGAAAGCCAAGGAGGGCCUUCGCGCUGACAACACGCGCCUUACACACCGCAUCUCGUACCUUGAAGAACAGGUGGCCGAGCUGCUAGCGAGGCAUCCACAGCUCCAGCCGGUCAGCAGCAGCGACAGUUGCAUAACCGUCAACAAGACCAAGAAGAACGUGACCAACAUCAGCAUCAGCUCCGAGCCGCACGCCAAGAGCCCCAAGUCCGAAGUCCAAGUCUUCCAGAAGGGUCCAGAUAUCACAGCGAUUGUAGCAAAACUACCUGGGCUUGAUGGGGCAGAGGCGAGUUUGCCGCUGAUGCGACCGAGGUCUAAUGCAUCUGGUGCGUCCAGUCGCGCUGCGAUUUCCCCCCGAGCGUCACCUGCACCCCCCGCGUCCCGCGCGCAUUCCGCACACAGCAUGGAACCACGCUCCCGUAUGAGACACUCCCUCUCCCACCACUGCAUCCACGCAGCUGAUUACAGCGCGGAAACUGACGCAGCUAUACGCAUGAUCGAGCGCAACCAAAGACACAUGGAGAAGCAGCGGCUCAAAGCGGAGAAGCUUAACCGUUCUAAAGAAGAUCACUUCCGCUCUGACAGUGAUUUGGAGAUGAAUUCACGUGCGAGCGCGCCACCUGAUCGCCAUUAUGAGAUCAAAAAGGCUGCCGACAGGAUAGAAGAGAGUAUUAAAAAGACCAACUGGGCGGAGCGAAAGACGCUGUCCAUUAUUGAACAGCUGAAGCGCUCGCAACGCUUAAGAAAGUUAAAGAAAAACGAUAGCGCUGAAGAUGUGCAUGUAGAAUCAGAGAGGCACUACAUGUACCACAGGAUAGACGGGAAAGUUCUAGAAAACGCGCACAAAUCUAGCAGAAGAACGUCAAAACUGCACUCCCGGAGCGCCAAAUCUUCGGAGUUCGAGUCGGAAUCAGAUUACCCGAACGGGGAUAUCUACUCCAGCUCGCCACGGAUCGACUACGGAUCUGAAACCUGCUCAACAAGGUUGAGUCACUACAAGAAGAACGAUGAUAGAAGUGAGGUGAAAAGUAGACCAACGCCGCCUCGGAAGCCUCUACGCCUGUCGCUGCAUAAAGCAAGGAGCGCGCAUUCGCUAAUGAAUGGAAGCGAAUCAGAAACACCAAGCAGACCGCCUUCAGAUAUGAACGGCGAGGAGUCCUGUAAGAAGCCAGUGAAGAGAACGCACGCCAGUGACAAAUGGGGCCGCGAGAGACGGAGUGAGGGUGGACGGGCGACUCCACGUCCUAUCAGGAGACACGCGGGGUUGAGCUCUUGCGAGACGCCGGCGGCUGAUGAUUUGUAUCCUGAAACGCAUACGCCGCUGCGGGCUAUGAGCGCGAUCAGUCCCGGCAAGUGGUGCUAACAGCUGGCGAGCGGGAACAGUGUGUUCUCGAGUACAAAUGGCCAGCAGAUACAGAGAACAAGUGCACAUUAACUCUUGUAGGGCCAUCGUUUGUCAGGAAUGUUUGUACAUUAAAUAGAUAAUAUAUAUAUAUAUAUAUUUGGAUAAUUUUUAAUAUAUUUGAAAAAAUAAGAUUUCAACUAGUAUGACAUCAUCUUCAUUCUGGAUACUCGUAUAAUAUUAUCUACUCCUCUAGUAAAAUUGACAGCGUGGGAUUUAUAAAUGUACCUACAUUCGUACCUAUUCGUAAGAUAAUAAUUAUAUUUAGAUUGAUAGAUUGUUGUAAAAAGUAUGCACAUCUAAAGCCAAGAGGCUAAUUUUAUUCAGUUAGAAAGCUAAGUUGUAGUAACUUGCAAGAACAUCUUGUACAAAAAAGCGCGCAGAAAUAUCUGACACUGAAGAUUAUAAGAGUUUCGUAAAUUUAGAGCUCUUCGAUCUGCAACGUAUUAUUGUAGUACUGUCAUCAUAAGACUGGUGACGUAGUUCACCUGUUUUUGGCAUUUGGUAGACAUAACAGCGGUAACUUCGUUCAGAGGUUCUAACAUUUUAAGAGACAGAUCCACUUGCCAAAUAAGAAAAACUAUGACGCCCCGCUUUAAAUAUCUGACAAUAAUUUGAACAUGACUGCAAAAGGUUUUAAUUAGAAAUAAGCUAGAUAUACUUAAGUCCCCGCACAGUGUAUAUUGUACAUAAGUAUAUACGGCACCCACCGCGUUAAUACUCACUUAGGUACCUUGUAUUUAUAUACGAAAAUAUAAUAAGGUAAAUAUAAAGAUAAUAAUGAAA